AUGACGUCAUCGCUUGGGCAUUCAACAUACAUACAAACUCAAUUUCUUGCUUCAUCUCUUUUUUUAUUCAGUGAUGGCGGGCGGAGAUUCCUUAAAGAUGUGCUUCAAGAUAUGGCGUAUAUGUUUUUCCUUACUACUAAAAGUCGUGAUGCAAUGAGGCAAUACUAUAGAAUUAGUCAUCCGGCGUGCUUCAUUCAUCAAACUUUGUGUGGAGUAACAGCAAAAAUGUUUUACUUGUUUGAUGAAAAUGCAAACAAUCAUCAAGACGUUACGAAACAACUGCCACUCCUUUCCAAUGAUCAUCCUGAUGAAGUGGAUGUUGACAAAGCAACAAUUGACACAAGGCAAUGCAGCAUACAGGAAGACAAACAAAGAACAGUAUUUGGGAUGGUAAAAGUUCUUGACAUACAUAUAGAAAAUAUCAAAAACCGAACACGAUCAUUCCGACUGAAAUAUCAGCCGAAAGAGGGCACCCAAAUUAUCAAUUAUCUCAGAAACCUCCAAACACUUCAGAAAUUGUUCCCAACAGCUGAGCUGGAGGCACAGAACCCUGACCAAAUAUGUGCCAGAACUCGAUGCGCCUGCCUCGUUAGAAUAUAUAAAAAGUUGAUGAAAUUAAAUCAACAUUUAAGACAUUUAUGGAACACAGGAUUAAAAGUACUUAUAGAGUGAAGGUUGGUUCACACUUAUCGAUCUGCAUAAUUUAAAAUUUUGUUAAUCUUAUGUGUUUUUAUUUCAACAUAUAAACUGUUUGUUUCCCCAUUCACAUUCACAUCAUCCGACUGAGAAAUGAACUC